GUUGCCGACAGGGAUCGUGAAAAUGGUUUCGACCCUGCUCGUGUGUACGAAUAUUUGGAGAAGAUGACGAUAUGCCCAAUAACUUAUUUGAACACCAAAGUGUCUUCAGUAUAAACGUAAUAUUGCUUAGAGUGACUCACAUAUCGUGACCACCAGCCGAAAAAGAAGAAACGAAAGACCACACUGACACAGCCGCGGAUUUUUGUGUGGCUGGGUCGGCGCUAACGUUAGCUAGUUAGCGAGCUAUGGAGGAUAUUAACUCAAACAUCAACGCGGACUUGGAGGUGCGCAAGCUGCAGGACUUGGUAAAGAAACUCGAACAGCAAAACGAGCAGCUCCGUAGUCGGUCUACUCUACUGUCUUCGUCUGGAUUAGUGUCAGGAAACCAUAGACCCCUUAGUGCUGGAUACGACUCACCCCUGUCAGCCGCCUCUGCGGCCGGGCUGGCCGGCUUCCCUGCUGGGGUGGGGUUCGGUGGAACGGGUGGCUAUGGAGGGCUUUUGGAAAACUCCCGUUGUUUGAGCCCCAGACUGUCAUAUGAUGGCAUCAGUUUCAGGAGAGCAUAUGAGGGCGAGGGGGCAUCGGCUGCCACCUCUUUCACUGGCAUCAAUUCGUACUUUACUGACGCAGGGGAAACACUGGGUUUUAUGGAUGAAGGGGAAACUUCAAUCUUGGAUGAAGUAGACAUCCUCGAUCUUGAAGAAAUUGAUUGUCUGAACGAAGAUGAAGACAGCUGGCUGUAUGAGGCGAAGCUGAACAGCCCGCUGCAGAAAGCCUUGAGUCCCAUCGUGUGGUGUCGCCAAGCUCUGGACAACCCCAGUCCUGACAUGGAGUCAGCCAAGCGCUCCCUCAUCCACAGACUGGACCUCACCAUGUCAGCAAACAAGCGUAGGAGCCUGUAUGGAAGUCCCUACAGUCCCCAGGUGAACUACGGAAGCCCAUACAGCACAAACACAGUGAACAGCCCCUACAGCAGCGGCUUCAACUCCCCCUCCUCCACCCCCAGCAGGGUGCCCAUCGUCAGACAGCAGCUGAUGCCCCCUGUCAACCAAGGUACUAGAGAGGAACCCCCACCUCCGGUCAGCCCUCAGUCUUCAAUAGACAGUGAGCUGAGCACCUCUGAGAUGGACGAGGACUCUGUUGGAUCCUCCACCACGUACAAACUCAACGAUGUCACUGAUGUCCAGAUCCUGGCUCGAAUGCAGGAGGAGAGUCUUCGGCAGGACUAUGCUGCCACAGCGUCCAGACGUAGCUCUGGUUCGUCCUGUCACUCUCUGAGACGCAGCACCUUCAGUGACCAGGAGCUGGACGUCCACAGUCUAGAGGACGAUGAGGAGGCUGUACACCCCGCCUUCCACCCCCCCUCAAACCGCUUCUCCCAUUCCCCCAGACACUCUCCCCACGCCUCCCCCAGGAACUCCCCCCGCUCCCGCUCCCCAGCACGCUCCCUGGAGUACAACCACAGCCGGGGCUCCCCGCAGCCAAUCAUCAGCCGGCUGCAGGCACCACGUCACUCCCUGCAGGGCCACGCCCCCCAAGACCUGCAGACCAACGUGGUGAAGAACGAAGAGAAGCUGGGGCGUAGUCUUCCUAACCUGACCCGCUCCAACGUGGCCCAGCAGGGCCCAGAGCCUGUCAAGAACAGCAGGAGCUGUGAGUCCAACCUGCUAGUGCCAAAUGGAGGCUCACCCAGACACCAGGCAGUCAGUCAGUCUGCCAUCCCUUCUCCCAGUAAGCUGCGAACCCCAACCACCACGUCUCCCCUGGCCCUGAGGCAGCCUGUGAAGGCUACAUCUACCCCCGGCUCUGGAGCCUCCACCCCCACACGCUCCCUGGGCCCAGCACGCAGUGGCCUGCCCCGGCCCAGUGCAGGAGGAGGAGGGGGUGGAGGCAUCCCCGUGCCUCGCAGCAAACUGGCCCAGCCAGUACGCAGGUCUUUACCUGCCCCUCGGACCUACAGUGGCGGAAGGGAAGGAGAGAACUGGAGAGAGGGCUGCUACUGAGGCUGGCCUGACCAGCAGGGGGCACUGUUGCUCUCUCAUCAGCACAAAGAGGCAGACAAACAUUACAAUGCGGCACUUUAUCAACCAAGAUUACUUUUACCAUGAAUCAAGAAACUAUAUCAAAGACACAAGUCAAAUUCUUAGUACUAUCAUGAGGAACAUGAUCUGGACAUCUGAAGCAACAUGGUGUGUGUAUCUGUGUGGAUAGGUUCUGAAGGGGCCAGGGUCCGUGCUAUCCCGGUUCCUUGGGACGUCCCUACUAGUGGUGCGCAGGUCAGCUGUUUGUUCAACCGCACCCGCUGAUAUCUUGUCAUUAUAUGUAGUCCUAGAAGACUAAGUAAACCCUUGCUCACCAGAAUGUCAUAAAUCAAAAGAUUGAAUGCUGUAAUUUAAUUGACAUCGUUCAAGUUUUCUGUCAUCUGCUUCUUUCACGGAGAAAAUACAUUUAGGGACCGGGGAGAAAUGCAAUAACUAAAAUAUAAACGGGAACGAUUUUCUAUGCAUAAGUUCCAAAUUACAUCAGUUUGACCGGUUGUAAGGAAAUUGAACGCUGUGAAAACGACCCAACAUAUUUCUGAUAAGGUUUCAGUUCGCCUUGGAUGCAUAUUUUAUGUGGUUGAAAUACUAUCAGCUUUUAUGAUGCUGAUAAAGUGCCUCUACAAACGGAAUCUAACUGCGCAUUCGCUGUUCUCUCAUGAUGAUGAAAGAAAUCAAUAAUAUUUCUCCACUCCUGCUCCGGAGUCAAUGUUGCCUACAUUUGGUGUAUAAUUGUACUUCAAGAAAUGCUUAAUUCUGCAUGAGUUAAUAUUAAGGCUAUGUGAGAGGUUGUUACUGUUCAAUUUGUAUAGCGCCUCAAUCAUCAUACAUAACAUAAACAUAGGUUUAGGGUAGGGAUGUCCCAAGGGUCCUGUAUAGCACUGACCAAGGGGCCAGGCAGGGCUGGCAGGCGGAAGCCCAGAGAUGCCAAAGAAACCAGCCAAGCUCCAGCAUCACGGCGCCUCCAGAGGGCACUAUCACCUGCCUCAGUGUGUCUGUUCAGCCAUCAGUCAAUCACACAAUGCUUCUCUCCAUCUCUCCCUCCCUCCUUCCCUUGUCUCCCUCUAUAUUUUCACCUCCCUCAGGUUGAAAUGUUUGUACACAUUUCUCUUUUUGCAGUCUGUUCUUAACAGAUGCCUUUGUCAGAGAUCUCUAUGAUGAUGUAAUGUUCCCUUAAUGUUAAAGAAUUGUUGUGAACGUUUUACGAAGUGAACGCACCACAGUAUGGUUGUGUUGUCAAAUCAUAGUUUUUUCCACUUGUGAAACAACUAGAAUGUAUUAAUGUUUGUUUUGGACAUUAUUUAUUCAAAUAAUUAUUUAGAGAGUUCCUUUUCCAAAUAUACAUUUUCAGUAUUCGUUUUCUAUUGAUUUGAAUCAUUUGAAAAAAUUUACAUUUUGAACCUCAACUGCAAAGCUUAUUCUCCAAAGUCUUUUUAGAUGGUUUCAUAACAGGACAUUUGAGUGUUUAAUGUUUUUAUGUUGAACACACAGGUGACUGGUAGAAACAGGCCAAAGCCCCAUCUCUGACCUUAACCAUAACUAUGGUUUAACCUGGACCGACUAUCACAUCUGUUCCAGAGCUGGGUAGUCAGUAGUCAUGUCAAACUGGGCCAAUCACUGGUAGUCGUCACAAUCUCACUCCAAAUCUACUUCUGGUUUGGUUAGUUAGUUCCAUCUGCUCUCCCACUAGAUGAAUAUGCAGUUGCAAUAUCUACAGUAGAGUCAGAGACAUGUGCUCCCACUAAAACAUAACUAAUGCACAUAGAAUUCCACCCUUGUAGCCCUGAGAUUCGAGCAUGCAGCAAAGGCUUGAUGUAGUUCAUUUAAAACCUGCAACAAUAUUGUGUCAGUGUAUGUUAUGUCAAGACGGAGAGAAUAAAUGAUCAUGACAUCUUAAAUAAGAUAAUAAUGGAAGUUCAAUAGGUUAGUGGCCAUUGCCUCUUGUGCUUUAAAAUGAAUCAAAGAGUUGUGCCGAGAUUCAUAGGGAUGGUAUUGGUGUGCCAGAAAUGAUCGAACUAGUGCCUAUUCAUUUAAAGUUUCACUUUAUUUAUUCAUUUAUCAUUAUGUGCCACUAAUGUCUUGGUUUGCCAAUAUAAUUUGUGUCUUUUGCAUUUCUGCUUGAUUUAGUUUGGGCUCAUUUUGUUAUUUUGUAAUUGUAUCAACAAUACAUUUAUAAUUGCUAAUAUAUAAUAUGCGCCUUGAUAUUUAUAACAAAUUACUCUCAUUCUGUAAAUGAAACUAUUUAAGAGAGAGGUGCCUCUGUAUGUCAAGGUUUGGAUUUAGUGGAAGACUUGGGACUUGUUGCAAAAAAUACAUGCCACGCCAUUUUGUGAUCGUUUUUGUUAAUUAACUUUUUUAUAUUCACCAACAUGACAUUCGGGGCUGGAUUCAAUCCGUAUUGCAUUAGUAUCGCGGAAGAUCCGUGUUGAAAUUUAUAGGCAAUGUUCCCGCGUCCGCGGAUACUGCAUUCACGCUGCAUAUUCGAUUCAAUCUGAAAUGACCUUUACAUUAACACUACUUUACAUGCAAUAAAAAUUACCUUUUCAUGCAAUACUUCUGCGAUACGGAUUGACUCCAGCCCUCAGAUUCCCUGUAUAAACUCACAUUACAAUUUUAAAAA